AUGCAUCGUUUAAGAGGGUUGAAGGACCGGCUUUCCCAAAGGUCGAAGAAGCCUCACAAUGGAAAAUCCCAACUCAGUCAAACCGAGAUGCAUGCCGACCGUCCAUCUGUUGCUCCAGUAUCCGCCUCAACCUCAGCCAGCCAGACUAGCGUAGCUCAGUCCCAAUCCGAAGACUCUCGCUCCCCCAAAGACUUGUGGCAGUCCGCCUUUGAUCAGCUAGAUCAGAACGAACAGGAUGUUUUGCUGCAAAGAAAUAUUUCUACGUCGAGCAACAAAGAUGACGAGAAUCACUUACGAACGACGCGAUUGAUUAAUGAGGUUAUCAAAUUAACGAAGGAGCGAUACGAGGAAUACCAACAAGGAGGCAUCAAGAUAAGGAGAUCGACAGGGGAAGAUAUCGACCUUCGAAAAGUGUCACGGAAAAUCAUCGAUGCUGCGCUCUCGUUCAAGGACAUCAUUAAUGCGGGGGUAGCCUUUGAUCCCACGGGUCAUGCAGCAAGCGCGUGGGCGGUUGUGUCACUUGGAUUAACUAUGGCUAAGAACCACUCUGACUUGCAAGAGGCGAUUUUUGACUCUUCGGAGUACCUAGCAGAUGUCCUUGCCCGAUGUGCGUAUGUUGAAAGGAAUUUCUACCGCAGCAACUCUGGAGAAUGCGUCAUGGUAGAAGUUGCAACUAUCGGGACCUACAAAGCAAUUCUUCAGUACGCAGCAGAAGUACUGGUCGGCCAAAACUAUGGCAGGGGAAGGCGGAUCCUGGGCAGUCUCACCUCAAUUACUAGUCAGCGCCUCAAAGAGCUUCAAACCUCAGUUAAGCAGGAAGAGCAGAAGUUGUACCAAUGGGUUCAGUUAGAUCAGCAUCUACAGCACGGGGAGGAGGCCAAAAGUAUCCUGGCUCAAUUGGAUGAGAUGUCAAAAUCCAUUCAAGCCAUUGCCCAGAGUUUCAGUCUUCCUAUUGCAGAAGGAGCAUUUUGGAACUCAUAUAUGGAUCAACAUGAAACCUUUUGUCUUGAUGAUACCAGAACCGAGCUCCGCAGCCAAAUCUCCGAAUGGGCCGAAUCAUCUGAGAGCAAAUGCAUCUUUUGGUUGAAUGGCAUGGCCGGCACCGGAAAGUCUACUAUCGCCCGAACGAUGGCAAAAUCCUUCAACGGCAAGGGACAACUGGGAGCCAGUUUCUUCUUCAAAAAGGGCGAAGCAGACCGUGGAAAUGCUAGAAGAUUUAUACCAACCAUUGCCAAGCAAUUGAUACUCCAUAAUCGUCAGCUGGCAUCUGGUGUUCUUAGGGCAAUUGAGAACGAUCCAGAUAUUUCCGCGAAAGCUUUCCAGGAGCAAUUCAAGAAACUCCUUCUCCGGCCACUACAAAAUCUGCCACCGAACCAAACCAGCGCGAUGGUGAUUGUGAUCGACGCAUUGGAUGAGUGUGAGAAGGCCGAAGAGAUAACCACCAUCCUUGAACAUUUGCCACAAAUACAGCAAUCUACAGGCAUGAGAUUGAAAAUCUUCCUGACGAGCCGACCGGAAAACCCAGUUCUAUAUGGAUUUCAGAAAAAUAAGGCCCACCAAGAUCUAGUUCUACAUGAGAUCCCCGAGCUAGUGAUUGAACAUGAUAUAGCUUUGUUCCUAAAGGACCGAUUCGCGAAAAUCCGCAAGUCAAGGGAUCUUCCAAAAGACUGGCCUGGAGAUGAAAAGAUUGAAACCCUGGUUACUAUGUCAGUCCCGUUGUUCAUUUCUGCCGCUACAGUGUGCCGAUUCGUUGAGGACGAGAUGUUUCCCCCGACGGUACGCCUUGACGAACUUCUGAAGGACCAAGCCAAAUAUGUAACGAAAAUGGACAAAACCUACUUGCCCAUUCUAUCACGGCUCCUAGAUGACCGAGACGAUGAGGAUGCAGAGAACCUAGUGCAGCAAUUCCGAGAGAUAGUCGGUGCCAUCAUUCUUCUUGCAGUUCCUCUCUCAUCUAAUGCACUCUCGCAUUUGCUUGGAAUCCAAGUAGACACCACGAGCAAUCUUUUGCGUUCGUUCCGGUCGGUUCUUAGUAUACCUGGUCACCAAGAUUUACCAGUUAGGAUUCUGCAUCUAUCAUUUCGCGAAUUUCUCCUGACCACGAAAGCGCGCUUCUAUUUGAAUGAGGAGGAGACGCAUACGAAAAUAGCGUCACAUUGCCUUCUCGUCAUGGACAAGAAACUCAAACACAAUAUCUGCAAUCUACAGAGCUAUGGAGCACAGCGCAUGGAAAUAGACAGCCAGGCCAUCGAGCAAUGUAUUUCGGCGGAGCUCAAAUACUCCUGUCGUUACUGGGUGUAUCAUCUGGAGCGGAGCCAUGUUCAUGUCUCUGAGAUAGAGGUUUUAGCAUUUCUCAAAAAGCAUCUCCUUCACUGGUUGGAAGCAAUGAGUCUAAUGGGGAUUAUAUCAGAGGCUGUCGGGAUUAUAGACAGACUGCAGUUAGGUAUUAAGAGCAACAUGGGCACUGAGCUUUCACGGUUUUUAUACGACGCCAAGCGCUUCAUCCUGAAGAAUAUUCACAUGGCAGACAAUGCGCCACUGCAACUUUAUUGUUCAGCACUGAUAUUUUUACCUAUGGAAAGCAUUGUCAGAAAGGUGUUCGAAGGGGAACGACCCAGGAGGAUACGCAUCCUAUCAGAAGUACAGAGAGCAUGGAGCGCGGAGUUACAGACCCUCGAGGGCCAUUCAAAUUGGGUCCAGUCUGUGGCCUUCUCCCCGGACAGCCAAAUGGUGGCCUCAGGCUCGGCAGAUGGCAGCCUCAAACUCUGGGAUGCCAGGACGGGGACGGACCUACAGACACUCGAUUGCCAUUCAGGCUUGGUCUUUUCUGUGAAUUUUUCCCCGGAUAGUCAAAUGGUGGCCCUAGGCUUAAGUGAUGGCACCGUCAGGCUCUGGGACGCUAAGACGGGCAAAGAACCACAGACGCUCGAGGGCCAUUCAAAUUCGGUCGAGUCUGUGGCCUUCUCCCCUACCAGCCAAAUACUGGCUUCAGGCUCAUAUGAUCGCACUAUCAAGAUCUGGGAUGCUAAGACGGGCAAAGAGCUACAGACCCUCGAAGGCCAUUCAAAUUGGGUCCAGUCUGUGGCCUUCUCCCCGGACGGCCAAAUGGUAGCCUCAGGAUCAGAUGAUAGCACUAUCAAGCUCUGGGAUGCUAAGACGGGCAAAGAGCUACAGACGCUCGAGGGACAUUCAAAUUGGGUCCGCUCUGUGGCCUUCUCCCCGGACAGCCAAAUGGUAGCCUCAGGCUCAGCCGAUCGCACCAUCAAGCUCUGGGAUGCUAAGACGGGCAAAGAGCUACAGACCCUCGAGGGCCACACAGACUGGGUCCGCUCUGUGGCCUUCUCCCCCGACGGCCAAAUGAUAGCCUCAGGAUCAGAUGAUAGCACUAUCAAGCUCUGGGAUGCUAAGACGGGCAAAGAGCUACAGACGCUCGAGGGACAUUCAAAUUGGGUCCGCUCUGUGGCCUUCUCCCCGGACAGCCAAAUGGUGGCUUCAGGCUCAGAAGAUAGCACCAUCAAGCUCUGGGAUGCUAAGACGGUGGAAGAGCUACAGACGCUCGAGGGCCACUUAAAUUCGGUCCAGUCUAUGGCCUUCUCCCUGGACAGCCAAAUGAUGGCCGUAGGCUCGAAUGACGGCAUAGUCAAGCUCUGGGAUGCUAAGACGGGCAAAGAGCUACGUAUCCUCGAGGGCCAUUUAGGUUGGGUCCAGUCUGUGGCCUUCUCCCCGGACAGCCAAAUAGUGGCGUCAGGCUCGAAUGAUGACACCAUCAAGCUCUGGGAUGCUAAGACGGGGAAAGAGCUACAGACGCUUGAGGGACAUUCAGAUUGGGUCCGCUCUGUGGCCUUCUCCCCCGACAGCCAAAUUGUGGCUUCCGGCUCAGAUGAUAGCAUAGUCAAGCUCUGGGAUGCUAAGACGGGGAAAGAGCUACAGACCCUCGAGGGCCAUUCACAUUCGGUCCAGUCUGUGGCCUUCUCCCCGGAAAGCCAAAUGGUGGCUUCAGGCUCAGAUGAUAGCACCAUCAAGCUUUGGGAUGCUAAGACGGGCAAAGAGCUACAGACGCUCGAGGGCCAUUUACAAUGUUCGGUCCGGUCCGUGGCCUUCUCCCCGGACGGCCAAAUUCUAGCUUCAGGCUCGACUGAUAGCAUAGUCAAGCUCUGGGAUGCUAAGACGGGCAAAGAGCUGCGGAUCCUCGAGGGCCAUUUAGGUUGGGUCCAGUCUGUGACCUUCUCCCCGGACGGCCAAAUGGUGGCCUCAGGCUCGAACGAUGGCACCAUCAAGCUCUGGGAUGCCAAGACGGGCAAAGAGCUGCAGAUUCUCGACGACGAUUCGGAAUUGGUCCAUUCUGCGCCUGGUCAAACUCCAUAUAAGCCCAACACUCAAGUUUCCUUAGCAGAUGGUUGGAUGACCUUUGGGGGCCAGAAACUGAUACGGCUCCCCUUAGAGUAUCGUCAAUUCAGCUGCUCAGCUACUAAAGAUGGUACUCUUGCUCUCGGAUACGAUGACGGGAGGGUUUUCAUUGUUGCUUUCCGGACGGAUUAA